CUCAACAAAAUGUCUGGCCGCGGCAAAGGAGGAAAAGUCAAGGGAAAGGCAAAGUCCCGAUCAUCUCGUGCCGGACUUCAGUUCCCAGUUGGUCGUAUCCAUCGUCUGCUCCGCAAGGGCAACUACGCAGAACGUGUAGGUGCUGGAGCUCCCGUCUAUCUGGCCGCUGUCAUGGAAUAUCUGGCAGCUGAAGUGCUGGAAUUGGCAGGAAACGCCGCUCGUGACAACAAGAAGACCCGUAUCAUCCCGCGUCAUCUUCAGCUGGCCAUCCGCAAUGACGAGGAGUUGAACAAACUGCUCUCGGGCGUCACCAUCGCUCAGGGAGGUGUUUUGCCCAACAUCCAAGCCGUUCUGCUGCCCAAGAAGACCGAAAAGAAGGCUUAAACUGGAAUCAUCUCUACUCACAACCAAACCGCCCUUUUCAGGGCGACAAAUAUGUUUUCAAAGAGUUGGUUGAUGCUUUUAAACUCAUUGAUAUACAGUUGAUAUUUUCAACAUUACAACAUUACAACAACAUUACAACAUUACAACAUUACAACAUUCAACAGUACUGAGAUAUAUAUUUGCACUUGUUUGAUUAGGUAUCAUGUUACUAAAUGUAAGGUUAAAUGUGCAAUCCGUGACGUCACCUAACUCAAUUGCUGUGUAAUUUCAUUAUAAGCUAAUCUUAAACAAUCAGUCUG